UCCAUAAACUCGCAAAAACACAAACCAUUAAAAAUUUUUGAGCGAGGAAAAUGAAUUCCCUCGCCAAUCGAUCGCACAGAUUCAAACCCACCCUCAUUCUCUCCCGAUUCGCUCAGCUUUUCUCCACCGCAGUUCCGCCAUCUCCGCCGCACUCCAAUUUCCAGAAUUACCCCCCAACUCUCGAUGGCCUACGCCGUCGCCUUGCCGAUGAAUCACCGACGUUGGCCGACUUCUUAAAGCUCCAAUCAGAUCAGAGUUACUCUGUGGAGGUAGGAACGAAGAAGAAGCCUCUUCCCAAGCCUAAAUGGAUGAAGGAAUCUAUCCCCGGUGGAGAAAAGUACACUCAGAUAAAGAGCAAAUUGAGGGAAUUGAAAUUGCAUACUGUUUGUGAGGAGGCUAAGUGCCCUAAUUUGGGGGAGUGUUGGUCUGGAGGUGAAACGGGAACUGCAACUGCCACGAUUAUGAUUCUGGGCGAUACUUGUACUCGGGGCUGCAGAUUUUGCAAUGUGAAGACAUCACGAACCCCGCCACCUCCUGACCCUAAUGAGCCAAAAAAUGUGGCUGAGGCAAUAGCUUCUUGGGGUUUAGAUUAUGUGGUGAUUACUAGCGUUGAUCGUGAUGAUUUGCCUGAUCAAGGAAGUGGUCAUUUUGCAGAGACUGUGCAGACACUGAAGAGGCUGAAACCAGCAAUGCUUAUAGAAGCUUUGGUUCCUGAUUUCCGAGGGGACUCUGGCUGUGUGGAAAAAGUUGCCAAAUCUGGGUUGGAUGUUUUUGCUCACAACAUUGAAACUGUAGAGGAGCUCCAGAAUGUAGUCCGUGAUCACCGUGCUAACUUUAAGCAGUCCCUUGAGGUUCUUGUGAUGGCAAAAGAAUAUGCGCCAGCAGGUACACUCACCAAAACUUCCAUAAUGUUGGGUUGCGGAGAAACGCCUGACCAAGUGGUGAAAACCAUGGAGAAAGUGAGGGCAGCUGGUAUAGAUGUCAUGACUUUUGGUCAGUACAUGCGACCAUCGAAGCGUCACAUGCCGGUGUCCGAAUACAUAACCCCUGAGGCCUUUGAGAAGUACCGAGUUCUUGGCAUGCAAAUGGGUUUCCGCUAUGUGGCAUCUGGUCCCAUGGUUAGGUCCUCGUACAAGGCUGGUGAGUUCUAUAUUAAAUCCAUGAUAGAAUCAGAUCGUGCAGCAUCUUCUACAUAGAGCUACAACUUUCUGGUAACCGUCAGUUUGUUAUCACUCUUCACAUCCUCAUCCUCAAGAUUCACUUCACCUAAAAUAAGUUGCGCAUUUGUGGAGAGACCUUCAAAAUCGUAUUGAUAUUCUUACAGGGGUUCUCGGUUCUCAGUAGUUGUAUGUCCUCAUAUCUUUGUGUAAAAUUAACAUACCAUCAAAAUCCAUUUGGACUCUGCAGUAAUUCUGCUGUCUUUAUAUUAUUUAUUUAUCAUUUAUCAUUACAUGUGUAAUUUAUCGCAUUUUAAUUCAUGAAAAAAGUGAUACCUGCACGGCUGCACCGAACCAAGUUUGGUAACUGAACCAAAACACGAUUUAUCGAGUCGAAUUGAAUUUUUUUGUAACCGAAAAAUUGAUUUGGUAUUGGCAUUAUUUGGCAAACUCGUCAAAUUUCUCAAGCAACCAAAAAACUGAGAAAAAAAAUAAGGAGUUUGGCGGGCGGUUGUCAGGUGUGAGGGUUGCUUGAAGUGGGUUUGUUUUUUAUUUUGUGUUGUUAGUCUCCCUUGGUGGAGUAAGCCAGUGUCCAUUGAGAGUAUUCUAGUCUUUCUUUGUUUGAAAGCUUUAGAGGUGUUGUGCUAUUUAAUCCAUAUUUAGUUGCAAAAUUGUCAUAUUAAUGUUGAG